CUGGCUCCAGUGCCAGGCCCCGUUCACGUCACCCAAGAUUCACGUUGCCUCGCUCGUGCACGCUGCCCGCAGAGCCAAGGUCACGCGGGAUACGAUCCCGCAGAAGACCGCAAAGAUGAGAUUUGACAUUGACGGCCUGCCCGUUCUGUUUCCGUAUCCGAGGAUUUAUCCUGAGCAAUAUGCCUACAUGUGCGAUCUCAAGAAAACCCUCGAUGCAGGUGGUCACUGCGUCUUGGAGAUGCCCUCAGGAACAGGGAAGACCGUGUCGCUUCUCUCCCUCAUCGUGGCCUAUCAGCAGCACAUGCCUGAGAAGCGAAAGCUUAUUUACUGCUCGCGGACCAUGUCAGAGAUCGAAAAGGCUCUUGUUGAGUUGAAAGCCUUGAUGAAGUAUCGCGCGGAUCAGCUUGGGUACGAAGAAGACUUCCGUGGGCUCGGUCUCACUAGCCGGAAGAACUUAUGCCUUCACCCCUCCGUGAAGCGUGAAAAGAGCGGCUCUGUCGUCGACGCCCGGUGCAGAAGCUUGACUGCUGGGUUCGUCAAGGAAAAGAAGGAUCGCGGCGAGAGUGUCGACGUCUGCGUAUACCAUGAUAAUUUAGAUCUGCUAGAACCUCACAAUCUGAUACCCAACGGAGUGUGGACCUUCGACGGUAUUCUGCGCUAUGGAGAGGAGCAUAAGCAGUGUCCAUACUUCACUGCACGGCGGAUGAUGCAAUACUGCAACGUCGUCAUUUUCUCAUACCAUUACCUGCUCGAUCCAAAAAUAGCCGAACGGGUCUCCCGAGAUUUUUCUAAAGACUGCAUCGUCGUCUUCGACGAGGCGCAUAACAUCGACAAUGUUUGCAUCGAGUCUUUAAGUACCGACAUCACUGAAGAUUCUUUGAGAAGAGCCACCCGCGGCGCGCACAACCUGGAGCAAAAAAUCUCAGACAUGCGAGACACUGAUCAGGAACAGCUCCAGAACGAGUACCAGAAGUUGGUACAAGGCCUCCGUGAGGCAGACGAAGCGCGCCAGGAGGACGCUUUCAUGUCAAAUCCAGUACUUCCCGAGGACCUUUUGAAAGAAGCCGUGCCAGGCAACAUCAGACGAGCAGAACACUUCGUUGCAUUCCUCAAGAGGUUCAUCGAGUAUCUCAAGACUCGCAUGAAGGUGCGGCAGGUCAUUUCAGAGACACCGCCCUCUUUCUUGGCGCACCUUAAGGAGCACACUUUUAUCGAGAAGAAACCACUCAGGUUCUGUGCCGAGCGCCUGACGUCGCUUGUCCGAACAUUGGAACUCACAAACAUUGAGGACUACCAACCUCUUCAAGAAGUCGCCACUUUUGCCACACUAGUUGCGACGUAUGAGAAGGGGUUCUUACUCAUUCUUGAACCAUACGAAUCCGACACCGCCGAGGUUCCCAACCCUAUUUUACAUUUCACCUGCCUCGAUGCGGCAAUUGCGAUUCGUCCAGUGUUCGAGAGAUUCUACUCAGUGAUCAUCACCUCGGGUACUAUCUCUCCGCUGGAGAUGUACCCUAAGAUGUUGGACUUCUCCACUGUCAUUCAGGAAUCGUACAGCAUGACACUUGCUCGUCGGUCCUUCUUGCCCAUGAUCGUGACCAGAGGCAGCGACCAAGCCUCCAUCUCAACUAGUUUCCAGGUCCGCAACGAACCUAGUGUUGUGCGAAACUACGGCACUCUUCUGACCGAAUUCGCCAAAAUAACUCCCGAUGGUCUGGUUGUCUUCUUUCCGUCUUAUCUCUAUAUGGAGUCCAUCAUCAGCAUGUGGCAGGGCAUGGGCAUUCUAGACGAGGUAUGGAAAUACAAGCUUAUUCUGGUCGAAACGCCGGAUGCGCAGGAGACUUCGUUGGCCCUCGAGACGUACAGGACAGCCUGCUGCAAUGGCAGAGGCGCGAUACUGCUCUGUGUCGCGCGAGGAAAGGUCUCGGAGGGUAUCGACUUCGACCACCAGUACGGCCGUACUGUGCUUUGCAUAGGCGUGCCUUUUCAGUACACCGAAUCAAGAAUCCUGAAGGCCCGGCUCGAGUUCCUGAGAGAGACCUAUCGCAUCAAAGAGAACGACUUUUUGUCUUUUGACGCAAUGCGUCACGCCGCCCAAUGCCUGGGCCGAGUGCUGCGAGGCAAGGAUGACUACGGUAUCAUGGUUCUUGCCGACCGUCGGUUUCAAAAGAAACGGAGUCAACUGCCCAAGUGGAUCAACCAGGGUCUUCUCGACGCCGACGUCAAUCUGAGCACCGAUAUGGCCGUGAGCAGCGCACGGAGGUUCCUUCGCACCAUGGCGCAGCCCUUCCGCGCAAAGGACCAAGAGGGGAUCAGCACGUGGGGCUACCAAGACCUUAGAGAACACAAGGAAAAAAUGGACGCGGAGAGAAAACGCGAAGAGGAGGAGGCGCAGCGUAAUGUGACGGUCAAGGACCUCGCCAGCUUGAACACUUAUGAAUACGACGACGAAGAGCUGGAUCAGGAAAUGAUGGAGUUGGACGACUUCUGAAUUGUCAACCUGAGCAUCCGCCAUUCCCCAAUCGCUACACGACGGCGAUCGAAGCUGAGCUGAGCACUGUCCUGCAAGAGACUGGGUCUCGAUCAAACGACACCUUACAGCAGAUAUCAGAGCGUCAUGGUGUCAGUGGUGCAAUGCUCUAUCAAUUGCUAGAAAGGUGAACCACAGUCAAAUGUACUUUGGACAAGCGCUUUCCAUUCGGCACUGGAAGUGGAGUUGUUAUCAAAACGGCUGGCUACAGCCCCCUUGAACGCCUCGCUUGCUCCUAACAGUUGGUGAGCCUCACGGGUAAAAGGACCAAGCUCACCAUAGCGCGCAUGCUACCUAGACUAUUGGGUAGCGGGGGAAAAACGCUUGCCUGCCUUGACGGCCCUCAGUGCGGGCACGGUGAAGGCUCUACCUGGUCUCCUCGCAAUCUCGAUGCAAAGCAUGCGAAUGAAGUCCUGGUUAGUCCAGUAGCUCGUAUGGGCGCUGAGCAUGUUGAGAUAUUGGAUCUCGAGAGGACCACCUCCCGACUUAAGGAACCAAUCGAUCUGCCCGUUGUCAUUGAGGAGAAGAAAUUUCUUCUCGGCAAUUUCCUCGCGACUGAAGUCAUGAACCUCCAAUUCCAACUGUGAGGGCAGUCGUACUGUUGGCGGCCGUUCUGCUUCCAUAGCGAGGAUAUCGGGGGCCGGGGCCAUGCCUGGAACAACGUUACGUACAGCGUCUCCGAUAGAUUUCAAGAUUGAUGUUGUCGUACUGGGGACGUAGGCAACCUUGAGGCCAGACGCAUACGCCGGGUCCACUGCACCGUUGAGCAGGUAGGCAAUCGGAUCCUCCUUGGCAAGGAUGUUGUAGAUGUUGUCCACGGCCAGGCAUCCGAGGGUGCCCGUUUCUCCGACAACAGACUUUGCAGUAACAUCAGUUGGGUCAGCUCCAGGCUUGCGCUGUCCGCGCCGUGGCACGAGGGUACCGCGCUCGAGCAGAAGGAAAAAUCCAGCGGGGCUACCUAGGAGGAAGAGGUUGCACGUGUCGAACUCGAAGAAGCUUGUUGCGGGCUCGGGUCGCGAGAGGUCAAGCCUUGGCACCCUUGUUGGCUGAUGCGAGAGGAUAUCGAGCGCCAUGGCGCUACCCAGAGAGUGCGCAAUGAGAUGAACUCUUCCCUUCUCGGCGAAGCCAGGAUUGUUCCGGCACCAGAGUCGAUAUACCCGGUUCGCCUCAGACACUAGGGCCUUGAUCAUUUUGCCCUUGUGGUGGGACAUAUAGAAGGGGAUGUCGAACAUGACAUCGGACAUCAUGCUGCGGACGGCUGGGAUGGUGCUCGGUUCAAUGUCUUUCAGUGCGAAAGAGUCGGCGGACCGCGCUGCCUCGUCUUCCUCUCGAACAGGGCCGCCGUCCUCAAAGGACAAACCAGUCCUCCAGUUAAGAGGCAGAAUCAUGAGGCCAUUUUGGUCCUUCCGUAUUAUUUCUCGGACGAGCGGAUUGCUCAUCUCCAAGUUAACGGCUCUUCGGAAGCCAUUGAUGGCAUGGGUAAAAUGGAAGCUCUCCACCCUUUCUGCAAACUUUUGCCCAAUCCCGUGAGCUACAAGAAUCAGGUCGGUGACUUGAUUGUCGC